AUGUACUGUCAGGCAACAGGGCAGAGAAUUAAUACAGACAAAUCUUCCAUCCAUUUUGCAAAAGGUGUUAGUGUAAAUGUCAGGGAAGAGGUAAUGGCAGUCCUAGAAGUGCACAAUGAAGAGCUUAGUGAAAAAUACUUGGGAAUGCCUACAGAUGUUGGUACCUCAUCCAAUGGAGCCUUUAAAUAUCUUAAAGAUCGAGUGUGGAAUAAGGUCCAGGGAUGGAUGGAACAAUCUCUAUCAGCAGGCGGGAAAGAAGUUCUCAUCAAAGUUGUGGCUCAAGCAGUGCCAACUUUCUUAAUGUCUUGUUUUAGGCUACCGCGUGGCCUAUGUCAACAUAUUGAUAGUCUGCUGAGGGGUUUCUGGUGGGGGAGUAAAGAAGGAAAAAGAAAGACAUGCUGGGUGGAAUGGGAUGAUAUGACAAAACCCAAGUAUAUGGGAGAUUUCUUGGCGGCGGAGUUGGGGCCCUCUCCGUCGCGGGUUUGGAGAGCUGUUCUUGAUGGGAAAGAAGUUUUAAAGCAAGGUUUGAUUAGGCGAAUUGGGACAGGGGAGGAUACAGAUAUUUGGCGCAUGAAUUGGAUCCCAAGAGAUGGAAUGAUGAGACCAGUCAGUGGCCUCAGCAAUACGCCGCCGGCAACGGUAGAUGAGCUGAUAAACCCAGUGCUUAUGUCAUGGGAUCUGGAAGCUGUGAAACAGCAUUUUCUACCGAUGGACUGGGAGCUCAUGACGACUAGAAGACAACAAGAUUUCUGGGCCUGGCACUAUGAAAAAUCAGGGGUGUUCUCUGUGAGAUUAGCUUACCGGAUACUUGUUGAAACCCGGGAGCGAAGGACGGAUUGGAUUGAACACAAUGCGGGCAGAUCAGAUGUCAAAGCGGAUCAGAAGGAAUGGACGGAACUGUGGAGCAUCAAAGUUCCUUCAAAGGUACGUGUCUUUCUCUGGAGACUUGCGAGGCAGUCUAUUCCAACCGGAGAUGUUAGACUUUGCAGGAAUAUGACGACGCACUAUAACUGCACCAUCUGUGGAAGGCCAGACUCGUGGCGGCACUCUUUGCUCGAGUGUAACAUGGCGAAGAAAUGGUUACAUGAAGCUAUUAAAACACUGAGGCAUGAAGAUCUUGUGCGCUUGGUGGUGACACUGUGGGCGAUCUGGUACACUAGGCGGAGGGUGAUUCAUGAAGACAUCUUCCAGAGCCCCCUCUCGACUCACCAUUUUGUUGAGAAUUUCCUGAAUGAUCUAACAUUGGAGAAGCCGAAAGGGGUGAGCAAUAGGGAGGUCCAGCCUCCGGCUGCGAAGUGGAUUCCGUCUCCACAAGGUAUGAUGAAGAUUAACGUGGACGCGACACUCUCAAAGAACUCAAACAUAGCAGCAGUAGCGGCUGUGGCAAGAGAUGAAUGA